AUGUUCAGUGCAUUUGGAAACUCGCUCAGCUACGUCACUCCCCGGGGUGACAAAGUAGCAGCUGAGAGUCAGCCGUUCGAAGGCACGCUAAAGACGUCUGAGAACGAAAUCGUGGUCCUUUCCGAUAAAGAGUGUGACGCAGACUGUCCGUACUGGAGACCCGACGCGACAUCUCACUACGGCUGGUCAGGCUCCUCGAAAGCCUUCUUCAUCGAAUUCCAAAUGGACCACUACGACAACGUAGGCACGGACCAAGGCCUCCUCUCUGACGCCCCGGCUUACUGGUUCCUCAACGCAGCCAUACCUCGCAUCCUCCAGUACGGCAACGACCGCAACAACAUUCCCUGCUCAUGCUGGUCAACCGGCUGUGGCGAGUUCGACGCAUUCGAGCUUCUCAGCAAAGGCGCCGAACGCGCAAAGUCGACUAUACAUCGGCAGGGCAAUCUAGAGGGUGGUGACUCCAACUACUUCAGCAGACCAGUAGGGAAGAAGAUGAAGUUUGCGGUUGUUUGGCACUAUCCUCACAUCACGGCAUUGGUGUUGGACGACGACUUUGACUUUUCAGAGAGCAUGUCAAAUGAUGCGAUUCAGAAGUUGGUGGCAUACGAUCCGGAUAGCUGGGUGCAUUCUCUGUAUGCUAUUGGGGACUGA